AUGUAAACUCUUGAUUAAAUUGUUGAGGAUCUCUUCAAUAAGUUUACUAUCUAAAAGAUUAAUCCUUGUCCACCUACACCUAUUAAACCUUUAAGAGCUUAAUCAGCUUUCAGAAGAAAACCUUAAAAUCCAUAAUAAAUUUUAUAAUAAGCUACAUAAAUUGUUGAAAGAAAGUAGGUUUUACUUAAUACAAUUUAAUCUAUGAAAAUUUAAAGAAGCUUUACUGUUUGCAAAACUGAAGAAUCAAAUAAACCUGUUAAAUUUGAAAGAUAUUAAAUUUUAUCUAAAUUGGCUGUUGGAGCUUUUGCAACUGUUUUUAAAGCAUAUGAUAGAAUGACUGAUUCUUAAGUAAAUAUAAUAAAAAAAAUAGUUUAGGUAGCUAUCAAAAAGUAUAAUUCUAAUUUAUUGCUAUCAGAAUAAAAAAAACUUUUGAUUAAGGAAAGUGAGAUUUUAAGAAAAUUAGACCAUGAAAAUGUUGUUAAAUUUCUAGGGACUUAUAAAAAUACAAUAGUUUUAGAAUUCAUUGAUGGACAUACUUUAACUAAUUAUUUGAAAAGUAAGUUUAAAAUUUACUAUUUAGAUUAACCUAAUCGAAGAUUAUAAGAAAAAGAAGCUAAACAAAUUUAUAAUUAAAUUCGAGAAGGUGUUAAAUAUUUACACUAAAAAAAUAUAUAUCACAGAGAUCUUAAAGCAGACAAUAUUAUGAUAAUUAAUUAAUAAGUCAAACUUAUAGAUUUUGGACUUGCUUCAGAAAAAUAACUUUGUUCAGAUUAUUGUGGAACUCCUGCAUAUAUGGCACCAGAAAUAUUUUAAAAAAAGCCUUAUGAUGGGAAAAAAGCUGAUAUUUGGGCUUUAGGAGUAUUACUUUAUUAAAUUCUUUGUGGAAAAGUUCCAUUUCCAGGCAAAAAUGAUGAAGAGAUUAUGUUAGCUUAAAUUCCUAAAUUCAUGCUGCCAAAAUCUAUCAGCAAAGAAUUUUAAUAUUAGUUAUUACAUCUCUUAGAUAAAGAUCAUACUAAAAGAAAAUUAUGA